AUGGGCGAAUUCGACGUCGAAAGAGUCUUGGUGGAUACUGGAAGUACCGUAAAUGUUCUGUUCUGGCAAACAUUAGAGAAGAUGGGCAUCACACCCGAGCAGGUGAAACCUGAGACCCGAAUGUUGACUGGCUACGACGGGAUCGUUAAAAUGUCGAUGGGCAAUGUAAAACUGCAAGUGUGUGCUGGAGGAGUGACCCGGAAAACUAAAUUCGUGGUCGUCGAUGCACCCCCAAUUUACAACGCCAUUCUGGGGUCACCAUGGAUAUACGCGAUGCAAGCCGUACCAUCAACCUACCAUCUCUGCCUUAAAUUCCCUAGCCAAACAGAAAUCUGUAUGCUCUAUAGCGAUCAAAGGAUGGCCCGAACUUGUUCCAUCAUCGAAAAGAAGCAAAGGAAAAAUCAGGACGCAUAG